ACAGUGCAAAACAAGUAACUUUUCAAAAGGUACACGCUUACCUUUUCUAGAUUCACCCUGACAACUUUUUUUUCUCCAAGAACGUUUUCUGGUACGAGGAGCGUCCAGUGAACAGCCAGCAUGUGGGAGUUCCGGUCCAUGACGUUUUGGCGGGCGGUCUUCGCCGAGUUCUUCGGGACCAUGUUCUUUGUGUUUUUCGGCAUGGGCGCCGCGCUGCGCUGGACAACCGGGCCUAACCACGUUUUGCAUGUGGCGCUGUGCUUCGGCUUGGCGGCUGCCACCAUGAUCCAGUCCAUCGGUCACAUCAGUGGCGGCCACAUUAACCCGGCCGUCACCUUCGCCUACCUGGUGGGUUCCCAGAUGUCCCUGUUCCGCGCCUUUUUCUACUGGGCUGCCCAGGUCCUGGGGGCCGUGGCUGGGGCCGCCGUGCUCUAUGGGGUCACCCCCAACAACAUGAGGGGCAACAUGGCUCUCAACACGGUAAGGCACCACCCACCCACCAAGUGCACAUCUCAAAUGGCACUGGGCCUAUUCCCUUUAUGGAGCAUUAUAUGGGAACUAAGGGGACAUUAUUGACCCAUAUCAGCUCAAAGCAGAAAAUAAAUAAAUUGGUAGGCUUCUUAAUGUUAAUGGAGAUUUAGAAUGGGUAGAGAUGAACAGGGAUUAGGGAAUCAUCAUGGAACCUACUGGUAACUACAGUUUCUACGGUACAAUGACCACAAUCUCACUGAGGCCAUAGUGGUGAGGCCCCUGAAUGUUUUACAGUUUGAGUCGAUAUGUGUUGCAUCAUUGAUUGAUUCAUUGCUGUCAUGUCCUGUUACAGGCCUUUAAAACCGAAUUGCAAAGCCACAACUAAUUGUACAAAUAAUAUACACUUUACUAGAAAGAGGACACACUUAUUUUACAAAGUAAGUUGUUCACAAAGGACCUCAAGUCUGAUGCAUUUUUUCUCCUCUGGCCGUCUACAGCUGCAGCCUGGUAUCAGCCUGGGCAUGGGCACCACAGUGGAGGUGUUCCUGACCAUGCAGCUGGUGAUAUGUAUCUUUGCCGUGACAGAUGAGAGGAGGAACGGACGCAUGGGCUCUGCUGCCCUGUCCAUCGGCUUCGCUGUCACCAUCGGACACCUCGUGGGGGUGAGCAACACAACACACACUUACACACACUGGUAGGAGAAAACACACGCAAUGCCCAAAACACUUCUACCCUAAUAGUGGAACACACACAAAAACAGACUUGCAUUGUGUACAACAGAAACAGACUGUAUUCUGAACGCCCUGUUAUCCUUCUCUGCUGUAGAUGUACUACACCGGUGCUGGAAUGAACCCUGCUAGGUCUUUCGCCCCCGCUGUACUCUUCAGGAACUUUGUAAACCACUGGGUAAGAAACACACAGUCAUACAUCAUAUAACGUAGAAUUUGAAAUACUUUUUACAAAUAUCUAAUAAUCGAAUCACAAUGGCGGAUUCAUAAUGUAGCUAAUACCAACCUCUAUCAGUGACAACAUUACAAGUUGCUUGUGCCAUAUCUUCAUGAUAACCUUUGUGUGUGUGUGUGUGUGUUGUUUCAGGUGUACUGGGUGGGUCCCAUGAUAGGAGGUGCUAUGGGAGCUCUUCUGUACGAUUUCAUGCUGUUCCCCCGUAUGCGCGGUCUGUCUGAGCGCCUGGCCACACUGAAGGGCAGCCAACCACCCGAGACGGAGACCCAGCAGGACACCCGCGGGGAGCCAAUCGAGCUCAAGACGCAAGCCCUAUAAACCUGCCCAUGUCUGGGGACAAGGGACGAGGGACAGGCCCUGUGUCCGCCAACCCCCACACUGCCCCCAUCCCAUCCCAUGAACAAGUAUACAGUCACUCUCACUGACUCACUAACUAACACACAGGCACAUGCAGAUUCAGACAUAUAUUGAUGCGCAAACUGUACUCACACACAGACACAGACAGGUUCACAACCUUCAACCUCAACAUUCAACGAGACUCCUCUCCCUCCAACCUCACUCAGUAUCCUGAACUGGACAUGAUGUUUGAUAGAGGUGACCAGUGCCUGCUCCAACAGUCCCACUACCUCCCCUCUCCUCCCCUCUUCUCCCCUCUCCUCCUCCUCCUCCACACCAAGUCUUCCCCUCACACACAGACUGAAGGACCUGACCUGUCAGCACAGAAGCAUGUG